GUCGUGUAUAAAUAGUCGCAGGGCGUCGGGGGAACACCACUCAAACCCGAAUAGCAGGACGGGACAUAGACAGAGAGGAUGCCCGCGUCACAAACUGGAUUUGGAAACUUCUUCUUGGAGCGGAACAUCAACAUGCCCACCGGAUACCAGAUCCCUGUGCUGGGGAACCUGACCAGUGUGCAGCAGCAGCAGCAGGUUCAUCAGCUGGCAGCCAUGGCAGCUGGAGUUCCUUUAACGUACCCGGGACUACAGGGAUAUAACUUCAUCCCGUUUCCGAACCACAGACACAUGGCACAAAUGACGAGCGGCUUCGACAUGAAGUCAGCAUCUCCCUAUCAUCACGCGCUCCUGGCCCGCGGCGGACCCUUCUACGCACCGUACCGUCAAGGAGCAGCCGAGGAUCCCAGCAGAGUCACCAAGGUCGCCACCCGGGAGAGCACGGGGGCGCUAAAAGCCUGGCUGAACGAGCACCUGAAGAACCCGUACCCCACCAAGGGCGAGAAGAUCAUGCUCGCCAUCAUCACCAAAAUGAGCCUCACCCAGGUCUCCACUUGGUUCGCCAACGCAAGGCGACGUCUGAAGAAGGAGAACAGGGUGAGCUGGGCGUCCAAGGGGAAAUCAGAUGAGGAGGACGAGGAGCACGAGGAGGAAGAGAGCGACGACGAAGACACGUCGUUAGAGAAAUGUCACGUGGAUGAAGCCGAAGCUGAGUCCGAGCGCAAAGACUCCGAGGAGCGCUCUGCGCACAGUGCCCUGGAAGACACCGCACCUGUGGACGCGCGUCUGGAGAUGCCGCAGCAGCAGCAGCACCACCCACAGGAGGACGAAGAGGUAGCACUUAAGAAAGCAGAAAACAGUGACUCUGAUCAAACUUCAUCGAAUUUGGAGAGUAAAGGCAACAUUUCCAACCCCAAACCCAAAAUCUGGUCAUUGGCAGAGACUGCCACAUCAGACACUCCAGUGAAAAAACACCAUAUGGACAUUAUGUAUCAUCCAGCUGGAAAACUUUGGGCUGAUUGGACCAGAAAUGGACUCUUUGUCCCGUCGUGUUACACCACACGAGAAAUGGUCUAAAUGUUGACAUUCUUUACGAAAAAUCUACGGACAGUUCCUUUUCCUUUGCACUUUAACCUUUCAGGCCUCAGGGAUUUCCUGAAGUUUGUGCACAAAGUAGAAACAAAAAUGUUGGAGACCAAAGAAUAACACGUGUUAUUGUAAAUAAGUGUAGAUGUAUUUUUCCACCAUUGACGUGUAAAUUAUGUUCGAUGUCUGAACAGAAAGAAAUAUUUUUCUUAAAUAAAAUCAAUCUUUUAAUAAUUGUGCAGUUAUCCAGGUUUUUCUGUCAAACAAACACUCAACAAUAAACACAGUCUGCAACUUACAACACUAAAGGGGCUGAUCAAAAUCAUAUACUAAUAAUUUCCUAAAUAAGUCUUCAAAAAUAAAAGUUUCUCAAAAAUGACAAAUGCACUAAUUUGCACUAAUUGAGCUGAAAAUAUUUAUCUUAUUUUUAUGAAAAACAUGCAAAAAAAUACAAUUUUCUAUUCAACAUCUGACCAAAAAUUAGAGUUUUUGUGAAAAAGCCUUAAAAUCCAUCCGUCCUCCCAUUUUCAUCCACUUAUCCGUUUCCGGGUUGCGGGGGAAGCAGUCGCCAACCAAAUCACACUGCAACGUACCAACCCCCCUAUUUUUGU